AACGGAUAUAGAAAAUAGCCCUCCCUUCCCAUCACUGCCGAUAAGUCAUGUUCUUAAAUCCCCAUUUGUUCGCCUGGUCAAGGCCCUGAUUUGCUCCAGUUACCCAGAAAUAGCCAAAGUCCAAACAGAAGCCAAGGCAGAGUGAUAUUAAAGUGCGUUCCAAAGGAAGAUGGGAACUCCUCCCUGGCAUUUCACACAUUAUCGUCAAUUCAGUAACUUUAUUUAUUUAUAUUCGUGCCCAGCACUUUGGCAUUUGUUUGGCUCUGUUCUGUUUCCCCCGUGGUUAUCUUAUCGCGAGUGUCGGAGUGGCUGCGACUGCGACUGUGGAACAAUUGGAAGUGCGAUAAGCGCCCGCAGAAUGCCCACAGAAUUCCAACCGCUCAACGGCGCAGGCAGUCAGUUGAAAUCGGAGCUGCCUGCGAAUUAUCCACUAUCCAUGACCGACCGGCAAUCGAGCCGCUGAUACUGCGUCAUCAAGGAAAUAGGUCUGCAUAAUCGGAAGCCCAAGAAGUGAUCGAUGUUGCAAGUUCUCGGGGCAACACAAUUAUCAGUCGCAACGGAAAUCGGCUCUUGAAAGGCGGAAGAGAAGAGCAGCAGGAGGAGGAAGCGGAGGAGGAGGAGGAGCAACUGGUCAGCUGCCUCACCCUUUGGCGGGCAGAAGCGAUAAGCAGCGAACCGAGAAGAAACUAAAGAGGAAACCCCAACGAUAAGCGAUUCCCCCCCUCCCCAAAAGAAGGCAUCAUGCAGACGACGACAAGUCAGCGGCCAGUUACGCCUGGCACUCCAGACUCGGCACACAUCGUGAUCGGCGCGGCGGGAUUCGUGGCCCACGAGAGACGGCAGACGGGAAAGAGCCUGAUGAAUUGCUUCCGCGAUCGCUCCACGACCACGUCGUCGUCCACGUCGCAGCAGCAGCGCGGCCACAGCAGCCUGUUUCGCCUGGAGGGCAACGGCGGCGGCGGCGGCUCCAAUUGCCAACUGGAUAGGGAUUCCGGUCGACCCGAGGCUGUUGUUCUCCUGCGGGAGCUCAAGAGCAAACCCAACAAGCUGGCCCUGCUCAAGAGCAGCAGCUCGAGGGAUCUGACGCGCCUCUACCUCGAUGAUGCCACCAACACAGCCGUUUUGGUUUCGAACACCAGCCUGGAUGUCUGCUCCUCGAAUUCCAGCUCCGCCGGCAGCCCGGGCAGAUCAACGAAAAGCAGGACGGAGUGCUGCAGCAGCUGCUCGAGGCGAUGGCAUGAGCUCAAGCAGCGCAUGCACACGCUGGAGCAGGAUCUGCUCGUCCAGACGACCUACGGCCAGGAAUUGGAGCAGAAGGUGGGCGAGAUGAGUCGUCAGUUGAAUGAAUUACUACAGGAACGAGACAGAGACAAGGAGAAACCACGCUCCUUGGGAUUAGCUGGCAAGCGGGCAUAUCCCCCUGCCGCCGGGAGUCCCAAUGUGCGACCCUCGCGACUGGUGGCCUGGAUGAAUCUGUCCAACUGGUUCAAGAGCCGACCGAGCGUGGAAACGCUGCGGGAGCAGCGCAUCUUCUUCGACGAGCCCUGCUUCGAUACGGAACUGGAGAUGGUCUUGAAGCACGACCAGCACCGCAAUGUCCCGCGAAUUGUGAUCGAUUGCUGUGAUCUCAUCGAGCAGAAGUACCGCCGCUCCACGCAGCCCAUCGAGGGCAUCUACAGGCAGUGCGGCGACUACAAUAAGAUCCAAACGCUGCGCUUCAGCAUCGAUGCAAAUGAUUAUGAUGCACUGCGUCAGCCGGACGUCGAUAUACACACGCUGACCGGGGUGCUAAAGCUAUUCCUGCGCGAAAUCAAGAGUCCGCUGGUCAGCGUCAACGAGGCCAAGACCUUCAUUGGACCGCCCAAUCAGUGGUUGCUCACCGAUCUUUCCGCCAAGCUGGAGACCCUCAAAAGACUGAUACGCUCGCUGCCGGAGAGCAACCGCGACACCAUGGACUAUAUCUUCGGGCACUUCAAUAGAUUGACCAAAGUGCCGCUGCAGCAGAUCAGCGCCGAGACGCUGUCCAUAUCGGUGACACCCUCGAUCUUCCACACGGUGCCGCAGGGCGUCCACAUGCAGGACAUACAGCAGCUGCUCCGCGAGGGCGAAACUCUGGCCGACUGCGUUAAGCUGAUGAUCGAGUACCAAAAUCGCAUAUUCGAGUAAGUCAGCUGGUGGAGGAGAGGGCUCCCGUCUCCCUGGUGAAGGUGCCGCUACUUUCCGUCGUUUCCCCAAAAAACCCAAACAAAGAAUCCCAGCUGCUUGCGCCUCAUCCAAAAAGUUUGUGCCGUUUGCCUCGAAAACUUUGCUAACCACACGUAAUCCUGAAUCCUGAACCCCGAACCUGAACCUGAACCUGAACCCACUGUACCUGCAACUCCAAUCCCCCCAUCUACAGAUGCACCGCCGAUCGACGCCGUUUGAGCAUGCGCAACCUGAAGAAGACUCUGUCGCAGCCGGAUUUGCUCUUCCACAAUCUAUUCUGAUCUGAUGACCCGAUGCCAUGUGGAUCUACUGAUCCUUCAGGCCAGAGAGAGCACUGUACAUAUUGAAUGACAUAUUUCUUAUUGAUUUUUUUUACAUCCUAACUUUAUAAACAUACUUUUGUACUUAUGUUAAAUAAACUAAAAGGUUUUCACCUUCAUAGAGUGUAUAAGUGAAAUA